AUGGCAGCACCUCGUCGCAAUGGACAGCUGUCAUCGUGCGAGCCUUGCCGAAAGUCCAAACUACGAUGCGACCACCAAACCCCCAUCUGUGGUCGAUGUCUCGGUCACGACCAGGCCGAACGCUGCUUCUACCAUCCUGCUCCACUAACUCAGGCCCGCGCGCGUACCUCCAGGGUGAUAUCGCGGAGACCCAAGAGGCAACAACGCCCGGACAAUCAGUCGGUUUUUCGUUUGGAUCAGAGGAUCUCGAGAACAGCCACAUCAGGUCCACCGCCAGAUUUACCACUGGUCAUAGAUGAGGGAAGUACGUUAUACGACCAGCAUAUAGCGCGAUGGACUGCAAAGAAGAAGCGGGCUCUGCCACCGGGGCUUUUAGGGCUGGUCUCCCCCAGAGACAUCUUCAGUGAGUAUGAAAAUACCCUGUGUGUCGAGGACCCAGGUAGUCUACCAGAAAUGACAGUACCAGCAACUGCGCAUUCACCGAGUGACUCCAAUCAGGUGUUGCUAGGGGCUCAGAUUCUAUCACAUCUCAAGAAGAUCCGCUGGUUCCAUGAGGUCAUCGAGUUAAAGAACAAGGUAUCCCCAGGAUGGGUUCUAGGUGCUCCCUUGACUCGCGCCUUGUGUGAUUCUAUGGAGAAAAUGUAUGAUGGUGCAGUCCGCAACUCCCAGGAUACCCAUGCAUCACUAGCGAUUUUAUCUCAUCAAAUAUUCGUCAACACAUCCAAAGAUAUCCAGACACAUCCAACAAUGAAUUUCUCCGAGUAUUUUGAUUCAAUAACGCCGAGGUGGGAGACAAUUGGACUUAUCUUCGCCCUGCUGGGGACCUCAUUAUUCCAUACACCCGAUGAUGACCCGGUCUUCACACAUCGCAACCCGUGGAAGCUGGAAAAGAGCCAGCUCAGAAAUGUCGCUACCGCCAUUAGUGAUAUUUGCUGCCAAUUUUGCAAUAGCGCUGGAAUGACUAGCGAUCCAUUUUGCUGGCUCACGGCCCAGCAAAUAGUUCUCUUGACUUUAAUGUUUGGCGAUAGCGACUAUAGGGUCUGGCAAAAGCUCGGAGAUCUAUCUACCAUUGUUUACGCAUUUGGCUUGCACCAAUCUGGUAAAGACACCGAAGAGAACCUUCCGUUCUUCUUGGUGGAGGUACGAAAGCGAGUUAUGGUGUGCGCAUACGCAAUGGACAAGGAGCUAGCGACCUCUUUGGGGCGUCCCCCACGAAUAUGCUCUCGAUACUGUAGCAUCCCACUUCCGCUGGAUAUAGGUUAUGAGAAGAUGGUCCUCUCAUGCACCGAAGGAGAGAAGUCACUGCAGAAUCUCGAUGCAAAUGGUUGGAACACGGAAGGAAGACUGACCGUUGGCGUCAGGCUUCGCGUCGUGCUACUGAUCAGCUUGCUGCGAGAAAGUAUCCUGGAAUUAUCUUUGAGUCCUAGCACUCAGCAUAUUUCAGCCAGGGUUGAAGAGUUGAUCCAGGAAUCCCGUCAGACGCAACAAGACCUCCCCUCAUUUAUGCACUGGUCACCAGAGAAAGCUGCAGCGGGUGCUUACAGCUUUCCACGAGACGAGGGCCGCACCUUUGCUCACAUGGAAUUUACGUACCAAGAGUUUCUGCUGCGUCGGAUCUUGCUAAAGCGCCUUGGAAUACACUCACAAGGUCUUAUACAAAGCUCCCUGGAAAUAUUAACCACGCUAUUAGACUCUAUUGCCUUGCGGACUCGGUCUGGCUACUCGGUGGCAAAUAUGUUAUGGGAUUUAUGCUACAUGGGCCUUCCUGCUGCAGGCACCCUGACUUCUAAAUUGCUCUCGGACCAUAGUUCUCAGAUAUCGAACCCAUCAACGCCGUUAUCUGCCAAAGCUCGCUCAAUUACCAUCCAAAAGCUCAAUAUUUUUGCCUCUCAUCUGGAUUUCCUGGUGCGACCUCACGACGGCAAUUAUGAGAUUGUCCAACAAGGGACGAGAAUUAUUCGUCGCGUGCUUGAUCAAAUUCUUCCCCCUGAAUUUCCCCAGCCGGCUCCGUUGACUCCAGAUAUUGACAUGUCUACAAAUUGGCUCGAUGGUUGUGAUUUGGACGGUAAUUUCGAUUUUAUGGCGUGGUUUGACAAUAUCCACUGGAAGCAGGACCCAUUGUUAAACUUCACUUGA